AUGAGUGACUCUAAAAUGAAGGGUGAGAACUCCUCACAGGUACGAGGCCCUGGUUCAACGUCUUUACCCUCAGCGGUCACUGGCGCAUUAAGCCAUAUGUCUGUAAUUGACACUAGCCUACGGGCAAUAACGGCCAAGAUGGACGCAUUUAAUACACUACAGGAAUCAGUGAACAAUAUGCAGAAAGAUUUAUGGAAUGAGGAUGGUUUAGACGAUAGAAUAACUUACAUCGCCCAACAACAUGAAGACAACCAAUCUGAAAUUGAAACUCUAAAAAUGGAAAAUGUCACUCUCCGCAAAGAACUCCAACUGUUAAAAUCAAUCGUAGUAAAUUUAGACAGGAGAGUGACAAAGCAAGAAAAAGAAAUUGUAGACCUGAGAGAAAGAUCAAUGAAAGAUAACAUUUUAAUUCAUAAUUUGCCAGAAGAGGACAACGAAAAUCUCAAUACAAAAGUUCAUCAGCUUAUUAGCGAGCACUUAAAACUUGAUGUCAAUUUUAUCAAGAUCCACCGCAAUGGGCCUCGCCUAUUAGGUAUUAAACCAAGAACCAUCACAGGAAAAUUGCAAGACCUUAAUGAUAAGGACCGGAUCCUCACAGCCCAGAGAGCAGUGCGCGAGAAAGAUAAAAAAGAGAAAAGGGAGAAGAUCACUAUACCGUUUUACAUUACGCCACAAACACCGGUGCAAAUCAACGAGAGUAGAAGGAGGCUACGGGAGAUCAACACACAAUACAGGAGUAACAACGUUGAGACAAAGAUAAUUGGAAAUAAAGUUGUGUUUCCUAACGGAAAUGUGUUUCGUGAAAAAGUUACAACACCCAGAGCUGAAGAUCUACUAUUUGUGGACGAAGCAGAAGAGGAAAAGUUUAACGAGAUAGAGGUAGUGCAGAGUGAUAGUAUCCAUGAGGGUGGCAAUGUUUUCACUGCGGUGGCAACAAAAGUGAAUACAUACGCAGAGGUUAGACACUUUUACAAAAAAGUCAUGAGUGAUCCAAACUUCGCUAGCGCGCAUCAUAACGUCCUAGCCUAUCGAAUUCAAGACGCACAAGGAAACGUUCGCGACGGAUACUGUGACGAUGAUGAAUACGGCGCAGGGCGGAGAGUAGUUCGGCUUCUAGGAGAUCAAAGUGCCACCAACGUAGCUUUUGUUAUUUCCAGAAAAUCGGGAAAUCAUAUUGGGCCCAGACGUUUUGAUAUCAUUUGUGAUGCCGUGCUUAAUGCUGCCAAUAAACUGUGA